AUGGCUGUUUCAGCAACUGAAAAUGACGCUGAUUAUGAUGAUGUUGAGCUAAAGAAAAAACAUCCAUAUCCAGCACAAAUCUUAACGGUAGCAUCACUUCAAAAUAGUGAAUAUGAAGUGUUCCGUGAUGAUUUUUGCGAGGAAGCUAAAGACCAGGUUGAGCCAGCUAGUUAUCAUAAUUCUGCG